UAUUUAAAACCAUACGGCAUACAAUUAUAACCAUUCAUAUAAGAAGAUCGUAUUGUGAAAUAAAAGAAUAAGAAUUCAAUACAGGUGUGCUAUAGAUUUGGAAAAUGACGUUUAUACCUAGCUGGGAAGAAUUUGAAAAAUCUGCGGAAAUGUUAUAUUUACGCGAUCCAAAAAACACACGUUACAGUAUCAAAUACUCACAUUCAAAGGGAGUAUUUCUUGUAAAAAUAACUGAUAACAAAAAGUGUCUUCAAUAUAAAACUGAAGUUCAACAAGAUGUAAGAAAAAUAGACAACUUUAUAUCAAAUUUAAUUAGACAUAUGGCCUCUAAUGAAGUAUAAGCAAUAAAAAAAUUAAGUAA